UUAAUUACCUUUUUUUUUCCAUUCAUUUUCUUAGCAGAAAUGUCAUUGUCUAAACCUUUUGCCUUAGUUUUGUUUGUAACAUGCUGAACUUUGUAGUUUAAAACGUUUUUCAUGGUGGAGCAAAUCUCUUGCUGUUAGAUGAGCUGAUUUGAUUUCCCUUGAACUUGGCUCCCUUAGCUCUCCAUAAAUAAACACUUGAUUCGAGUUGAUAUGGAUUGAGCUAUAGCAGAGUGGUUUCAUUCGCUUAUCUUGUUCAAUGUUCAGUUUGAGCUGAAACAAAUUUACUCUUCAAAAACGGAUUACUAUUUCUAGACUUGUUGUCUAAUGCACGAGCUCAAAGUUUGAACUCACUUGGGAUUCACCUGUAGGCAGAUCUAGUAAGAUUCCCUCUGUCGGGAGAUGUGAAUUAAGCAACUUUCUUGUUCUAGUUUCUUACAUAUACAUUUCUGUCAUGGAGAUUUUUCAUGGCCUGGAAGAAAGUAGAGAUCUUUUUAUAAAUGAUUGUGAUGAAAAACCUUCAUCAAUGGAGAUAGAUAGCUUGGUUUAGCCUUUAAGGUGGCAGGACUGAGAAAUUCUAAAAGAGGUGAACUUUUUUGCAGGAAAAAGGAAAAAAAUUAAAAAAGAAAUACAGUGGAGAAGUGAGCAAAGAAGUUUCAGUAGUCAUAUUCUUUUGCUGCUAUCUUUAAAACAUUUCUUAUGUGUUUGUGCCUGAGAGUUUGAGAGGCCUCAUUCAUUCAUUGACAAGUCGAAGAACUAAUCUAGCAUUAUAGGUUUAAAUGGCAAAGGAUGGAUCACCUAAGCCUCAUCAUCUGGAAACGAAAAGGAAACGACUCACGUGGAUUCUGGCAGUGAGUGGUCUGUGCAUAUUGUUUUAUGUUCUAGGUGCUUGGCAAAGUACUAGUCCUACACCUUCUAACCAAUCUGAGAUGUGGGAAAAAGUUAACUGUCAAGAAAAAACUUCUGAGAAGGGGAAUUCUGAUACCCCGACAUCAUCUGAUGUUUCAUCGUCACUCUCUUCUCCUCUGGAUUUUGAAAGCCAUCACCAGUUAGAUUGGAAUACUUCUGAGGAGGUGCAGGCAUUUCCACCAUGUGAUGUGUCCUUAACUGAAUACACUCCUUGCCAAGAUCCACAUAGGGGACGGAAAUUCGAUCGCAGUAUGUUGAAGUACCGAGAGCGCCACUGCCCUGAGAAGGAACAGCUUCUUCGCUGCCUAAUACCGGCUCCUCCAAACUACAAGGCACCUUUCAAAUGGCCACAGAGCAGAGACUACUCAUGGUAUGCGAACAUUCCUCAUAAACAUCUUAGUGUUGAGAAAGCAAAUCAGAAUUGGAUACAGUAUGAAGGGGAUCGCUUUAAGUUUCCUGGAGGAGGCACCAUGUUUCCUCGUGGGGCUGAUGCCUAUAUAGACGAUAUCAAUGAUCUGAUUCCUCUUACUAAUGGAAACAUCAGGACUGCGAUCGAUACAGGUUGUGGGGUUGCAAGUUGGGGUGCUUACUUGUUGAAAAGGAAUAUCAUUGCAAUGUCUUUUGCCCCUAGAGAUACACACGAAGCACAAGUUUGGUUUGCACUGGAACGUGGCGUUCCAGCAAUGCUUGGUGUUAUGGGUUCACAACGGCUUCCAUAUCCUGCAAGGGCAUUUGAUAUGGCUCACUGCUCUCGCUGUCUGAUCCCUUGGUUCCAGUACGAUGGACUCUACCUAAUUGAAGUUGACAGAGUUCUUAGACCUGGUGGGUACUGGAUACUAUCUGGACCUCCUAUCCGAUGGAAGAAAUACUGGAGGGGUUGGGAAAGAACGCAAGAAGAUUUGAAACAAGAGCAAGAUUCAAUUGAGGAUGUUGCGAAACGCCUAUGCUGGAAGAAAGUGGUAGAAAAGGGUGACCUUGCUAUCUGGCAAAAGCCUAUCAACCACAUUGAGUGUAUUAAAAGCAGGGAAAUUCACCAUACACCCCCCAUGUGCAAAUCAGACAAUGCUGAUGCAGGAUGGUACAAAGACAUGGAAACCUGUAUCAGCCGACUACCAGAGGUUAGCAACAAAGAUGAAGUGGCUGGCGGGGCCUUGAAGAAAUGGCCUGAGCGUGCAUUUAGCGUUCCUCCUAGGAUUAGCAGUGGCUCUGUACCAGGAAUCAGUGUGGAGAAGUUCCAAGAAGAUAAUGAUGUAUGGAGAGACCGGGUGGCGCAUUACAAACAUGUCAUAGGUUCAAUAGGCCAAGGGCAAUAUCGCAACAUAAUGGACAUGAAUGCUUACUUAGGUGGCUUUGCAGCAGCCUUGUCAAAGUAUCCAGUGUGGGUAAUGAAUGUUGUUCCUGCCAAUCUAGAUCCUGAUACUCUCGGAGUCAUAUUCGAACGUGGAUUUAUUGGCACAUAUCAUGAUUGGUGUGAAGCAUUCUCAACAUAUCCAAGAACAUACGACCUCAUACAUGCAGAUAGCGUGAUUAGUAUGUACCAAGACAGGUGUGACAUUACUUACAUUCUUCUUGAGCUAGAUAGGAUUCUGAGGCCAGAAGGAACAGUUGUGUUUAGGGAUGUGGUUGAGACAUUGGUGAAAGUCAAGAGCAUUGCAGAUGCAAUGAGGUGGGAGAGUCGAAUUAUAGAUCACGAGAGUGGACCAUUCAAUCCCCAGAAAAUUCUCGUUGCAGUGAAAACCUAUUGGACUGCUGAAGCUAAAGACUCAUAACUCUUGUGGUACGCUGGGAAGUUGAUAUUCGCCAUCGUCGUCAUCAUCAUUUCGCAGGCUUCUGUGUUUGCAGUUGAUUGAAGCUUGCAUGGAGUUGUCCGAAUCCAGAAACUCGAAUAUAUGUAACUAGUUGGUUUCUGAUUAACAGCCAACAGAAGUUUAGUGGACUACUCUCCUAUGGAAGACACAAAGAUCACUUUGCAACAUUGCAUCCAUGAUCAUGUGACUCUCUAAUUUUGUCUAAUGUAUACAUUUUUAAUACAAUAUUUUCCAUUUCUAAUAUCUUGGGACGUGGAUGAAAUCACUGACCUCUUUUUACUUUA